CCUUAUCAAUUUACCAUUUUCAUUUUCGAUUAAUAUUUUUUGAACAAGAUACAAGAAGUAUAAACACGGAAUAAACGAAAUAAUUUCAUUUCAACCUUCAUGUUGUAGGUACAUGCACGAGAUUUCGUCACUACCACUACCACUACAACCACCGUAAUCGCCGCGGUCUGAACUACAAUACAUAAUUUGUUAUGUGAUUUGUUUUUUCUGUCUGUCCACGGCGUGGGAUAAUCAGUAAUCACCAUUCACCGCGUUAAACUGCGUCAGUCUCGCGUGCGACCUCUUGCCCGUAGUUCAACCUUAGGAAAGUUCUGCACUUCUGUCGUUUUGUUAACGCUCGUCCGCCAACCGCCAACACAGUCUAUUAGUACCUAUAAAUCAGCUCUGCAACAACGACAUGACGAAGACGGACGUUUCUGCCGCUGACGUCGGACGACCAUGGCCCGACCGAAUGACGGCGUGGCAGAUUGACACUUACGCGCCGUUUGAAGACUCGGCCACGCUCAACGACAAGGCAGAGUCGCCCGCGUCCCUCGGGCCCAAAGACGUUCUGGUACGUGUCAGGGCAUCGUCCGUCAAUCCCAUCGACGUCCUCAUGGCUGAGGGUUAUGGCCAAGUGCUAUUGAGCCGGGUCCGGCAGGCGAAAAAAAAGUCAUUUUUCAGGACGGUCGAGUUCCCGUUGAUUCUGGGACGGGAUUUCGCUGGUGAAGUAGUUGCGAAAGGAGCUGAAGUUGGCUCGGAACACUUGAACAUCGGCGACGCUGUUCUUGGCGUCGUAGCUCCUUACCAACAUGGUUGUCAUGCCCAGUUCGUCACCGUUCCCAUAACUCAGGUAGCCAAAAAGCCCGAUCAUAUGUCCUACGAAGAAGCGGCGUGCUUGUUGUACACAGGACUAACCACGUGGUGCGCCUUGACAUCAGCCGGUGGGCUGAACGCUUCAAACGCUGCCGAAAAGAACGUACUGGUCAUCGGCGGUUCCGGUGGUGUUGGUAAUAGUGCGAUACAGAUACUCAAGUCGUGGGGCGCCAAGGUAACUACUACGUGUAGUACAAAUGCCAUAAAUCUAGUGAAAGGACUGGGACCAGAUAAUAUCAUUGACUACACUACCGCAGAUGCGCAAAAACAGUUGGAACAGUAUGGAAAGUACGACCUGAUUCUGGACGCGGCCGGGAUACCAUACGAAGAUAUCGGCGGCGCAUACACGCCGCUCUUGAAACCAUGGUCAUGGGCGAAAUUCGUCACCCUCCGCAGUCCCGUGUUGCGCAACACAGACGCGUACGGAAUGGUCUUCGGCAUGCUGAAGAACGCGUACGACCUGGUGGCGCCGAACGUCUGUUCCGGCGCCGUGUUCAAAGGCUCCACUAUCCGUUGGGGUUUUUUCAUGCCCGUUGAGCACGGAGUUGAGGAGCUAGCCCGGCUAGCCGCGGAGAAGAAGAUCACCGUGCCCGUCGACAGCGUUUACGGGUUUGCGGACAUGAAGGAAGCGUUUGGCAAGGUAAAGGCCGGACACCUCCGGGGCAAAGUGGUCGUCAAGUUUGACGAAAAGUAACAGAAGUGCCUCGAAUUUUAGAACUUUGAGAAACAUGGACCGAAUAUAAUAUAAUAUUAUAUCUAUUAGCUUCUGAAGCUCAUUUAUGUCUUCCAGAGAAAUAUAUCAUCCUUCCUAUAAUGAUUAAUUUCUUACUUAAACUUAUGUAUCUACUCUUAUACCUAACCUAUAUAUGGCUACAUUCUCUUUUACAUUUCAACUGAAGUUUAAUGUCAUAUACUCACUCAUAUAUUAUACUAUGUAUUGCCGAAAAAAAAAUAUAUCAUCCGUUCAUCUAUUAUCGUGCAGAAACUUAGUCAUCACAAAAAGUCUAAAUCAGCUUAAUCGUUGAUCAACCAUUAAAUACAACAAAACAUUUAGCAUCGUUGGCAAUCAGCUACCUUAUUUGUGUAUGUCCAAAAUUAUAUAAUCCUAUAAUAUAAAAUGUAAUAUAGUGUGGAGUCCAUGUGAAAUGUGAAUAUGUUAUUUGAAUCAACUUUUUAUUAGUACAAUUAUUGUAAUUAGUAGUCUUAACUAUGUAAUUUUUUUGUUACUUUAUUUUAAACCAAUUUAUUUUAUAAGUGCUAAUUGGUAAUAAAGAUACAUUAUAUUGGCA